ACGCCGCCGAGCGCCUUGAGUUCGCCCUCGAUGAUGUCUUUCUUGCGCUGGAGUUCGGCGAUGACCCAUUCCGGCGCUUAAGGUCAUCGUCCCAGAAUCAGAGAUAUGCGCUGCAAGCGACGAUCGAGUUUCGGGAGUUGGAUCAGUUCCGUAAUCAGGCCUGCCACAAAUGACGCGUUCGGCGCCUGGGUAUGCGCGGCGCGGGGUAGCUUCAGAGGGGCAUCUUCAGGGCUAAGAGCUUCGACCAAUGGAGGAGGGUCGGGAUCGGAACUUCCCGUUCCGGCGGUAGAGCAGAGCUCCCUGGGCAGUCCAAGUCCCGGGGACCCGACCCAAUUCACCUUGACGGACUGUCCUUUUCCUCGCUGGAACCCAACAUUUGGGCACUUACCACAGCACUUACACCUUCCCUAUCCAUGGCUGUAGGUUGCCAAUUUUUCAUGUGAUUUACAAGCUCAGUUAUAUAAGGCCGCAUUCGGUCCUCGGGCCCCUCUCACCUGAUACUUCCCCGCCGGACGGGAGCCUCAAGGAGUGACACAGGGCCGGAGUAGGCACAAGCGAAGGCAAUCUCCCUGAUUCUCCGGAUG